GGCGGAGGGAUACGGAGCGCGGCGCUCCGCCUCCAGCCUUAUUGACGCCAGGACAUCUGAGAGGAGAGCGAGUGCGGAGAGUUACGGACACGGGGAAAAAAAGGAAAAAAAAACACUUUAUGUCCGAGAUUUUUUUUUUAAAUAGGGAGAAAGAUUACGGGAAGAUUUCCAGUUUCUUAAAGGCGUUCUGCUCUCCUGCUGUUGGGUGAGGAAGUCUCUUUUUUUGAAUGCUCCAGAGCCAUCACCCUCUCCGCACACAGGCAGCCUACACCGCCGCCCUGCCAGGCCUUGCUGUUCAGACCUGAAGCGGGCAGGACCCAAAAGGCCCUGGUGCUGCCCUUCCUGGCACAGCCAUCCCACGGCAACAUCCCAUUCGCUCCCAGCCUUCCUGAGCACCAGCAGCUGUUUCCUGACUCGGUUUCCUGUCCUUGGUGCUGCUAGGCUACCACCAGCUCCCCUCCCCUUCCCCCCUCCUUCUCCCCCCUCCCUGAUCCCCAAUACUUUCUCGCCCCACCCCACACACCGCCGCUAAGGACAGAGUGGGUCUAUUGAGAUCCAUCCCUUCCCCUCGUCGGUGCGACCCAGCGCUAUGACCUCGAUGUCCAGCCUCUUCUCCUUCACCAGCCCGGCCGUGAAGCGCCUCUUGGGCUGGAAGCAGGGUGACGAGGAGGAGAAAUGGGCCGAGAAGGCAGUGGAUGCCCUGGUGAAGAAGCUGAAGAAGAAGAAGGGGGCCAUGGAGGACCUGGAGAAGGCCCUGAGCAGUCCGGGCCAGCCGAGCAAGUGCGUGACCAUCCCACGCUCACUAGACGGCCGGCUCCAGGUGUCGCACCGCAAAGGCCUGCCGCACGUCAUCUAUUGUCGGGUGUGGCGCUGGCCCGACCUGCAAUCACAUCACGAACUCAAGCCACUGGAAGUGUGCGAGUACCCCUUCGGGUCCAAGCAGAAGGAGGUCUGCAUCAACCCCUAUCACUACAAGCGUGUGGAGAGCCCAGUGCUGCCCCCUGUGUUGGUGCCACGCCACAGUGAGUUCAACCCCCAGCACAGUCUGCUGGUGCAGUUCCGGAACCUGAGCCACAACGAACCCCACAUGCCGCUCAAUGCCACCUUCCCAGAGUCCUUCCAGCAACAUGUCUCGCCCAACUCUCCUUACCCACCUUCCCCGGCCUCCAGCGGUACCUAUCCCAGCUCCCCCGCCAGCUCUGGACCAUCUAGUCCUUUCCAGCUGCCAGCUGACACCCCACCCCCCGCCUACAUGCCCCCUGAGGAGCAGAUGGGCCAGGACAACUCCCAGUCCAUGGAGACAGGGAGCAGCGUGGUGCCCCAGAACAUGCCCAGAGGAGACGUGCAGCCUGUGGAAUACCAAGAGCCUGUUCACUGGUGUUCCAUCGUCUACUACGAGCUGAACAACCGUGUGGGUGAGGCGUACCACGCCUCCUCCACCAGUGUGCUGGUGGAUGGUUUCACCGACCCGUCCAAUAACAAGAACCGCUUUUGCCUGGGUCUGCUGUCCAACGUCAACCGCAACUCCACCAUCGAGAACACCCGCCGUCACAUUGGCAAAGGGGUACACCUGUACUACGUGGGCGGCGAGGUCUACGCCGAGUGCCUCAGCGACACCAGCAUCUUCGUGCAGAGCCGCAACUGCAACUACCACCACGGCUUCCACCCCACCACCGUCUGCAAGAUCCCCAGCGGCUGCAGCCUCAAGAUCUUCAACAACCAGGAGUUCGCUCAGCUGCUCGCCCAGUCCGUCAACCACGGCUUCGAGGCCGUCUACGAGCUCACCAAGAUGUGCACCAUCCGCAUGAGCUUUGUCAAGGGCUGGGGAGCAGAGUAUCACCGUCAAGAUGUCACCAGCACCCCCUGCUGGAUAGAAGUGCAUCUGCAUGGGCCCCUCCAGUGGCUGGAUAAAGUACUUACACAAAUGGGCUCUCCCCUAAACCCCAUCUCAUCUGUUUCCUAAUGAUGGCUUCUUCAUGGGUUGGGUGUUUUUUUUUAUUUUUGUUUUAAUUUUACAAUGUUUUGAAUACGAGUCUUUAAGGCUGAACUGUUUACACUACAUGCAGAAGGGAUCUGUCACCCUCUAGUGGCCAGAAAGGCAUGUAGCAAGACUACAGGUAAAUCGUGGCAGCAGAAAACUUAACACAGUGACACAGGAUGGAUGAACUACCGCAUCAGUAAACAAACUUAUCACCGUCUGCAUCUUAUCAGAGCAAAACGUUAACAGAUUUAUUUUUUUCGCAUUUGUUUUUGUAUGAACUCUAUCAGUCUUUCAGUAGGUUGUUUAGUAGUUUAAAACAACUGAAAUUGCAUAGUUUGGGUUCAUGUAUCCCCCCCCCAUCCUUCACCAGCCAUUUUUUCCCCUUUUCUUUUAUGAGAACUUUUACUUAUUUUGUCUAAUCCCCGCUGUCAGUAGCUAAGGCCUACGUGUAGUUACCGCUAGACUCAAAAUCCACAACAAACUUGUAUGUUUUUCCCUAGAUCCAGUUGCUUUGAAGCACGACACUAAAUACUAAGCAAUUGCUUCAUUUAAAUAGUCUCUAAAAACCACACGUUUUCAGGUCCUCAACAUAUGGUCAGUGUUUUGAAAUAACUUUCACCAUUUGUUCUUACUUUUAAGGUUUCUGUUCAAUUAAACUUGGUUAGCGCCCCCCCCCCCCCCUCCACCUUUUAAGGACUGUUACAUUUUUGUAGUCAAGCUGUCUAGAACACAUUAGUAACCCAUGCGUUACCAUAGCUCUGCAAUACAAAAUUUGUCCCGUGGUGAUGGAUGAGUUGGUGACAGGUAAAUCACUUAAUGCAGUAUGGUAAGUCGAGAGAAGGAAUAUUGUGGCGUCUGAACAGAUAUGACAGUGUCAUCGCAAAUAUGAAGUUGAGUCUUUUCCCAUAUGAAAUGAGAUUUUAAAAUUUGAUACCCAUGAUGUUUAAGAAUUUAGUUUGAAAUGCUGUAUGUUAAAAGGAUUACAUUUUCAAAUUUUGAUAGUUAAAACAAAUUACUACAAGUUCAGCUUUAUUAAGUACCUAUCAUUCCAUCUUAAACAUGUAUCGAAUACUCAACACCAGCAAGGCUGGGCCUAAUUUGCAUUUUAUUGACGAUGUGUGUAUUUAGCCUCUGCACAGUAUGACAAUGCCAUGCACUCAGAACGGGCCUGUUUCUUUCCCCUCGUUUUAAACACAGCUAGUGAUGUCACGUGAUUACAUUAGACCGAUGUUUCUCAAUCCGGUACUCGGGGACCCACAGAAACGGAAAACACUGCCUUAGACUAUGCUGUUCCUGGUACCACGAAUCACUUUUUAAAGCCUGGAAGUAGAGUAACGUUGAAAUCCCUGGAAGGGGUCUAUAAUUCAUUGUAUUAUCUGCUUUUGUUUACUUUGAAAUAAAAUCAGACUGGCGUCUAAAACAGUGGCCAUGUACUUCGGUUAUCCAAGUGCACUGCAUAACUAAAACUGCUUUGACCUUUGUUAUGUCGCAUAUAGUAAAUAUUGUAAAGGAUGUAGUCUACCAGGCGCAAAAACAAUACAUACAAAUCAGUGGGGAUUGUCAUUGUAAUAAUCAGACUGAAACUCCAUGAAUACAAUUUAGAUUCGUUGAUCUGGUAUCGCAGGUUCUUUUGCGUUGCUUUGAGCGGUCUCAUUAAAACCGCCGAAGCGGUCUGUUUAGUUUAACUAUGGAAACAAAGGGUUCACACUACGAUUCUAGCGAAUAAAAUGAGUUUGUAACCUUAACUAGUCGUCCAUAUGUUGAGAAUGUGCGUUCGGUACCAACACAGUGCAUCCUAGAAUACUUCAGUUACUUCCCAAAGGUUUCCAAAAAGCAAGAUGAACUCGGCACUACUGGAGAGAAACAUCAAGAAAGUCUGCGCCCGUAAAUAUGGACUAAAUUGGUCAGACAAUGGCACAGUGAUGAUCAUGUGAUGGAAAAUGUGUUUUGUUAUAAAACUAUGAAAUAAAUUCCAUUUCAAGUUCA